UGCUCCUCCCUACUACAGGUGUGUGAAGCAGACGCAGCAAACCUGGCCAUGGCAGCCUUUCCCACCACACUCCAACUGCUGGUCCUCGGGGCUCUGGUUUCCCCGGCGUAUUUGCAGGCUCCUUGUGAAGUAAUCACGAACACCACUCAACUUGGCUCUUACAACGUCUCUCUGAGCCCUUCUGUCUACAAGACAAACACCACCUACAACGUAACUAUCCGUGGAAUUGCAACCAACAGCUCAGUUAUCCUGCAGGCUCUCAAUUCCCAGAAUGCCUCUGUGGGCCAGUGGAUAGUGGACCAGUGGGCAGUCUUAUCUGUGAACUGCAGCAAUGGGACAGUGGUAAAUAUCCAAAAUAUAACGGACAAUGCCACAGUGCAAUGGACGUCCCCAAGCAAUGAGACUGGACCGGUGGACAUCAGAGUGUUUCAGGUCUUGACCAAUGGCUCCGCUCUGCUCCAGAAGGCAACGCUGAAUGCAGUGUCUACAACCCCACCUACGUCAACACAGACAUCGAUCACCACUUCCACCUCUUCCACCACCUCCCGUGGUUCUGUCUCCACCACACAGGCCAGCUCCUUCCUGGUGGCCGUGGUCCACCUGCUGUCAGUCUUGGCUACUGGCAAACUGUUCUCCUAGUGGCAAACGCUCCCCAGUCGAGCCAUACCCUUCCAUCUUUGCUAUCUGUCUGGAUGCAAGGGUGGACAAUUGAUCUACUCAGGAAGUCUCUUUUCUGCUGUUUAUGUAUUUAAGAAUGACUGCACUUUCUUUUAUACCCUACUUGACCAGAGAGCUGACACCAACCCCAUUGUCAGGAGGAGAGAACACUUUGGGGAGGGGGAACCAAACACCUCUGGCACAUAGCUGUUUGGAGGUGCUGAAAUAUUCUGUAGCAAGUCAGGAUGAGAUCCCUCCAUAAAGUCUAGAAUAGCAUCUCCAGAGUCCUUCCUGCCUGACACAAGGUAACACUGGGUGGGGGUCCCUUCAUCCUGAUCUCCUAUAGCUCUAUGGAGCAAAGGGUCUCCUUCCGGCAUGGGGAAGAGUCUCUGGCCGCUGCUGCAUCCCACUUGCUGUGCAAACUGGGAAUAGGGCGAAUGUGUUUCUGAGCCAGUAGCUUCUGUGUGACUCUGAGAAUCAGUCACCUCUUUGUGACUUACCCAGCCCUUCCUGACUGGGGAGUUUCAUUGUAAUUGGAGACUGGGGGAGGCAGGGCAGAUUUGCACACCGUUCAGACUGCAUUAGCCUGAGUGGGAUACAGAAGGAAGUUUGGUUCCCUGUUUGUUCCUCUGCCUACCCUAGCCUGCCAUGUGGAGGCAAGUGCCUUUCCUAGCUGAUAUGAGCACCCCUUGCUGGCAGGGCAUUCUACAUGAAGGCCCCCCUGAGUGGAAUUCACUGCCAGGUUCAAUCCUUUGCCUAAGAUCACCUGAGUCUAACUGCAAUAUUUCUUCCUUCCCCUCCUGCCCUCCCUGACCUGCUCUGGGGUUUGGGGGCAGAGCCUGAGCUGAAGGGUCAGGUCUCUGAGAUGAGUAGGAAUAUUUUUUAAUAGCAGAUGAUUUUUUUACUGCCACAUUGGCUGGGAUGUGCCAUUGAAUUUGUUGAUCCAUUUUCUUGUUUAGGUUCUGGGGAGGGUUUUGUAUGGACUGGUUUGAAGUUAAAUGGACAGAGAUGUAGAUUUCUUACACAAACAAAAUUAAUGAAUAAAAUUCUUCAUGUUGUGUCUAAA